AUGGGAGAGCCUACCGAUUUGCCCUUGGUAAGCCAAAUUCCACCAUUACCAAAAGAAUGGGCUCGAUGCCACGCCUACAUUGAUAAUAAGCGGCGAUAUUGCCGACAACAUCCUAUCGAAUUCGAAGACGCGCCGGCAACGGAUCACAAAGCUGAUACCGGCAGACCUCGCUACUGCGGCAACCACCAACAUCUUCUGGCCAAUCGCAAACGAAAACGUAUACCCUGUCCAGCCGAUGCAUCUCACUCCGUAUACGAAGAUUGCGUAGCCAAGCACCUGUCCGUCUGUCCAAUGCUGAAGAAACAGAGAGGGCAGGAGAAGCAAUCUUUCUACCGGAAGAAUAUAAAUACAGGUGGUUACGGCCCCUUGGGCGAGAUCGAAGAAAUCGCUACCAGCCAAAUACGGUCAAAGUUGGAUCAUGAAAUGAGUCAAUUCGCUGAAUCCGUAUUAAGGUUACAUCAGAAAUUGUUUGCCGGCGACAAUAUUCAAGACCCAUCGGUCCUCUCCGCUGAGGAUAUUCAUCAAGCGAUACCUACGGAGGAUCUAUCCUCUGCAGAAUUUGACGCAGGCUUAGCCCAGGCAGUUUCCGACUAUCGGAUUAAGUCGGGUGGGCAAAAGCAUUUGCACCAGCAAGCCAGCCUCGUGGGACACUUGCGCCGUAUCGGGGCGCUGCCAUCGCUUUCCAAAGGGUCACGCCAUACAGACAAAAUCAAGUCAGUCGGGAAACACUUGAUCUUGGAAGUCGGUGCGGGUCGUGGGAUGACCGGCUUGGUCGCUGCCGGUGUUUCUGUAGUCCACGGUGACCCAACAGAUCUAAUCAUGAUUGAACGCGCUGGAUCCCGAGGCAAGGCCGAUACUGUGCUGCGCAAUGCCCCAAUAUGUGUCAAACAGACCACGUCGGAUGUCCCACCGUAUUUGGAUCUCAAAGGGCCUCUAUCCUGGUCGCGUGUGCAAUGCGAUCUUUCCCAUCUCAGCUUGUCAUCCAUCCUUUUGAAUGCAGAUUUAGAAGAGAACGACCGUGUUACGGUGUUGGCGAAGCAUUUAUGCGGUGCCGGCACAGACCUGGCUCUGAAGGCGUUGGAACCAGUAAAGACGUCGAUUUCCUCCUGUAUUUUGGCAACAUGCUGUCAUGGAGUUUGUAACUGGCAAGAUUACGUCGGAAGAAAGUUCUUAGUGGACGCUUUCCAGAAAAACUGCCCGUCACAACCGUUCGGAGCCUUCGAGUUUGAGCUACUUCGGCGAUGGAGCACCGGCACAGUCAAGGCAGGGGCGGCAGAGAAUCGCCUUGGCGAAAACCGCAUAGAAAUCGCUGAUUCCAGCCUUCAAGAGCAUGGUCUCGGCACCGUCUUGGUCGAGAAUGCAUCUGCUAAUAUUUCCAGAAUUGUGGAAGCGAGCCGUCUACGAUGCGGAGCCCAGGGUCUGGGCCGCGCCUGUCAGCGUCUCAUCGAUUACGGACGGCAGGAAUAUCUCCGUGGGGUUCUGUUUCCUUCCGCGAAACAUGCAAAUGGAUCAGUCGAGACGACAAACAUUGACAUGCUGCACUAUGUUGCUCCCGGUGUUACUCCUCAAAAUGCUGCACUGGUAGCAUUUUCCGAAAAGACAGGCCAUAUACCAUGA